AUGAGUGAUACUGCUGAAGUUUCUGUCCCGGAAGUGGCCGCCGUUCCGGAGGAGAAGGGUCCAAUUGACACCGGAGCCGUUGUGGGAGGUAAUGCUGCCCCAGAUGCGCAAGCUGGCAGCGGGAAGAAGAGCAAGAACAAGAAGAAGAAAAAGAAGAAUCCGAUCAAGAAGAUAGAGACGUAUUACCCUGAGGGCGUGUACCCAGAGGGUGAAUGGAUGGAUUACGACAACGAUUUCAACUUGGCGCGUACUACGGAUGAGGAGAAACGGUACUUGCAGAGGGAUGCGGAGCGGACGGACCACUGGAAUGAGGUGCGGAAGGGUGCUGAGAUCCACAAGCGGGUGCGGAGGAACGUGCAGAACAAGUUGAAGCCCGGGAUGCUUCUUUCAGACAUUGCUGAUAUCAUUGAGAACGCGACGAGGAAGUACACUGGCGCGGAGGACUUGAAGCAGAUGGACGACCCGAAGAGCCAGGGGAUUGGGUUCCCUACAGGUCUCUCGCUGAACCACGUGGCAGCGCAUUUCACCCCUAACAGCGGGGACAAGACCGUGCUAAAGUACGAGGACGUCAUGAAGGUGGACUUCGGUGUGCAAGUCAACGGUAACAUAAUUGACUCCGCGUGGACAGUCGCGUUCGACCCACAGUACGACAACUUGCUUGCCGCCGUGAAGGACGCGACGUACACGGGGAUCAAAGAAGCUGGGAUCGACGUCAGGCUUACCGAUAUCGGGGAGGCCAUUCAGGAGGUGAUGGAGUCGUACGAGGUUGAGAUCAACGGCGAGACGUUCCAGGUCAAACCUUGCAGAAACCUAUGCGGACACAACAUUGCACCUUACAGAAUCCACGGCGGGAAGUCCGUCCCCAUCGUGAAGAACGGCGACAACACCAAGAUGGAGGAGGGUGAGCACUUCGCCAUCGAGACCUUCGGCACCACGGGGAGAGGGUACGUCGUGCAAGAGGGCGAAUGUUCGCACUACGCGAGAAACGCGGACACUCACACAUCGCCCUCGCUAACGAGCGCCAAGAAACUACUGAAAACGAUCGACGAUAACUUCGGUACUUUGCCCUUCUGCCGUAGAUACCUAGACCGCUUGGGUGAGGAGAAGUACCUAUUCGCAUUGAACUCGCUCGUCAAACAGGGCGCCGUACAGGACUACCCACCGCUCGUCGACGUCCGCGGCUCCUACACUGCUCAAUUCGAGCACACAAUCUUGCUGCAUCCACACAAGAAGGAGAUCGUCUCCAGAGGUGACGACUACUGA